AUGAAAACAUUAAGUGUAGUUUAAUUAGGAGUUAUUGGAUCUGGUAAAACAGCCUUUUUUAAUUUGAUUACAUCUUCAAAUGAACCUGAAAUUUCUGGAGGUCCAUCAGUAACAAAAUAAGUUGUAGUUGGUUAAGCAAUAAUAGGGGAUUUCGAAAUAAUAGACACACCAGGUUUUGAGAGUGAAAGUGAUAAAUUAUUACAUGCUGCUGGAGUAGUUGCAGCAUUAACUAUAAGAGAUGUUAAUAGAAUUCUUAUAUUUGUAAAGUUUGAACGAGAUGAUAGAAUGAUUAGUUCUAUACGAUAAGUAUUAUCUCCAAUUAGAAGAUAUAAAGACAUUGUAACAAUAGUAGUUACUCAUUUUGAUUAUUCAAGAAAUUAAAUUGAAGAUUAAGAUCGUAUUUAAAAGAGAAUAAAAUCAGAAUUUAAUUUAGACUCAAUUUUAUUUUAUUCCAAAAUAUAUUCAGAUUAAGUCGAUAUUUCAUUAAAAAUAUCUAAUAUAAUAACUUAAUCUGAAUUUAAAUCAAUUUAAUUGCAAGAUUCAGAAAUAUUUAGUUAAUUUGAUUUACUUUAAUUAGAUGAUUAUAAUUAAACUAAAUUAGAAAAGAAUUAAACAGCAAUUUUACGUUAAUUUCGAAAAAUUGCAAGAAUAUAUAGAUAAUUUAUUGAAUAAAUAGAUUUGAAUGACCCUUUAGUUAUUGAUAUUUUACAUGAAUUAACAUUAGAUAUUAAAGCUGUAGCAAAUUAACAUGUUGAAGAAUUUGAAAGAUUGCAUGGAGAAGAAUUAAAUGAAUUCUAUGAUGUAUAAGGUGUAAACAUUAGAUAUUUACAUCAUAUUUAUUUAAAAAAAUAGAUUAGAUUAGAUCUUAUUAAUGUGAUUAAUUUAUCAUAAAAGACAAUGACAAAAUCACAAAUUCAUUUUUAUAAUUUUAUAAAAUUAUGUCCAAACUGUAAAUAACCUUGGAUAAAGGUUGUUGGAUGUGAUGGAGAAACUAAAUGUGGAAAUAGAAUUCUUCCUUUUGAAAAAGAUGAAAUUAUUGGUCAAGCAUCAGCACCUAAGAAAUUUGAAAUCAAAAUAAUAGAUAAUUAAUUAAGAGUUGAUAUUAUUCAAAAUAUAGAUGAUUAAUAUUCAACAGUAAAUGAAGAAGCAAAUUCUAAAUUUAAUUAAUUAUAUGAAUACUUUAAAAAUGAUAUACAUUUUUAGAAAUAUUUAGGAGAUAAUUUUGAUAGAUAAACCUUUUUGAAUUUAAUGAAAGAAAAACUUGGUAAAGUUAUGGAUGAUUUAUAUAAAAAGAUAAAUAAUGAAAGUAAAGGAAAGGUUAUAGAAUAACUUAAGAUUUAUUUUUAUAGUUUAUUUAAAGUUGAAAACUAAGAUUAUAAUACAAAUAAAUCUAUUGGAUGUGGAAUCAAAUUUAAUUGGUCAGAAUAACCUCCACUUAGUGGACCUGAAUUAAAUGAAUUACUUUCACAAGAUUUGAUUGACUUUUUUAAUAGAGAUUAAGAAAAAUUAUUAAAAGAUGAAGCAUAUUUUUUGGAACAAUCUUAUAAAAAAUUAGUAAAAGAUGCCAUUGAUGAAUAAAAGAAAAAUAAAAAAAUCAUUAAAUAAUAAUUCUCUUAUUAAAAUGAAAUUAACACUUAAACAUUUAAAAACAUCUAACCAUUUGUUGCAUCAGCAAAUAAAGAAUAACAAAAUUUUACCAAUAUAAGCUAGUGA